AUGCGUUUUCUCACAAUUGCCGUCGCCGCUGCCGCCGUCGCCCAGGCUCACAGCGUGGCCAGCGCCCCCCGGUCGUGGAGCAACGCGACCGUCGGCGGCGAGGUCGACCCCCGCUCCUUCUCCCUUGGCAGGCGCGACACCAUCAUCUGUCCCGUUUCUGGCUGGUUCAUUUGUUCGACCGACGUUAGCUUCUGUGCCCCGCCGGGAGCGACCUGUUGUCCUGGCACCGGCAAAUCUUGUGCAGCUGGCACUUACUGUGUCACGCAGUCAGAUGGUACAGCUGGAUGCUGCGACAAUGGGAAAGACUGCUCCGGAUCCAAUGGCUGCGAGGCUGGAUACGUACCGUGCGCCGCCGACGCAACCAAAUGUGCCCUUCCUGGGGCCGAAUGCUGCGCGGGAUUCACCAUAACGUGUACCGCGGGCUCGCACUGUUGUACGACCGACCCCACCGGCUGCUGUGAUGACAGUAACGCCACGGGAACUGGAGCUGCGGCCGCAUCCGCAUCUGCGGCUCUUGCCUCGGCGUCCGCGGCUGGUGCCUCUGCGGCCGUCGCCUCUGCCGCCGCAGUUCAACCUACGACUGCCACCCAAGUUGCCGGUGGAAGUUCGGGAACCACGCAAGCAGCUGUCGCCGGCGGUGGUUCCACCGCUGCAGCGGUUGGCACUACGGCUGCGGCAGCGGCAGCUGCUGGAACCUCGGCUGCGAAGAGCGACGCCUUGCGCGUAGGCGUCCCGACUGCGGGUAUCCUCGGCUGCGUUGUCGUCCUCGUCCUCUCGGCCCUCUAG